CUUAUUUUGCAAUGGAUGAUUCAUCGUCGUAUUCAAAUCUUCCAACCAGACAUUUACUCGGCUCAGUUCCAUCUGUUAUAAAUGAAGAAAAGAAGGCCUCAUUUGCAGUACCUGAAGCGAAUAUUCAAUAUUUCCCUCCGAAUAAUGGCAGUGGAGGAAGUAGAGGUCGAGGUUAUCAAACUCUUGAAGCUCCAACUGGAAGCCUUGAACAACAUCCACCAAACAACUGGAAGGGAGUGUUUAAUAUCUCAUCAUACACACAAUAUUUUAACGUGGAUACAGAUGUUGUGAUAAACAGACUGAUCAGUUCGUUUUAUCCUACUGGUAGAGAUUUUUUCAGCAAGAUUGAUACUAACCCUAAUUUGUAUGGGCAUAUUUGGAUCACAACUACAUUGGUCUUCAUGCUUUCUUCCUUUGGAAACUUUGCCACAUACCUUAUGAAAAAUCAUACCGAUGGCACUACUUCUUGGAGCUUUGAUGUUGGCUAUGUAAAUGUAGCAGCUUCUGGAAUCUAUGGUUAUGCAAUUGUGGUGCCACUGGCAUUUUACUUCUUGCUUCAAUAUCUGGGUUCAAAUGCUAGCCUUAUACGUUUUUGGUGA